CGAAUUUCGGUGAUUUACAUAUCAUGUUUUAGACCAUGGAGUUCAUAAUUGUUCUUGGACUUGAUCAUCCUUCCAAUAUGUUUGUGUUUGUUUCAUAAGCUUUUAAGCUUAGACUAGAUGGUCUGGUCGAUCGAGGUUUAGGUAAAGUGGUAAACAGACUGAGAGGGUUUACCCACUUUUCAAUUAAGACGGCUGAUUUGUCUAACAAGUAAUAACCAAUACAAAUUUGAAAUUUCGUGCUGAGUCCUCCCGCUGCGAAAGUUGACCCAAAAAAUGAUCUAGUUCGCCAUCAUUUCCAUUCACCAACAACAUUAAUAUGACCAGAAAAAAAAAAAAAAAAAAACUCUUCAUAUUUCUAAUAUAAUUUUUUUUUUUUUUAAAAGUAAAAACUUAUAAAUGUUUCACUAUCCUCGAUCCGGACUUGUAUUUGUAAUCACCCGUCAGCUAAGAGAUGAAGAGACGACUUCAACCUUCAUCUUCGAUUAGGUCUUAGAUCUAAGCAAACCACACACAGCCUCUAUCUCUAUCUCUAGAAAUGCAUCGCUAUCUUCUCCUCCUGCAGCUCUUAAUAAUAAUACCAGUAUUCUUAUCUGGGGUACCAAAAUUCUUGGGGGUUGAUGAUGAGCGGUACCUCACUGCAGCCAAUCGUUCGAGUGUGCAAGUAUAGGGAGCAUCGGUUACCCUUUCUGGGGAUCAAACCGACCCGAUUACUGUGGCUCCCGGAGUUCAAGUUGAACUGCAGCGGCGACGCCCCGUCUAUCUUGAUCCAGGAACAAGAGUUUCGAGUCCUUUCUAUCAAUCAGAGUCAAAGCAGUUUCACAAUUGCUAGAGCCGAUUACUGGAACAAUGUUUGUCCGGUGUCCCUUACCAAUACCACCUCACAUGAUAUUUAUAGUAUUGACCGCUGUGAAUCAAUUUGCUUAAAUGAUUGCCAUUGCACUGCUUAUGGUUAUAGCAGCUCUUCUUCUGAAUGUUCAACUUGGAAAGGAGAUCUGUGGGCGGAUGAAAAUGGAAGAACUUUACACAUUAGACUAGCAGCUUCUGAUUAUAAGAAUAAAAAAACUGGUAGAAAGCGAACCAUUGUAAUCGCAACAUUCAUAGCAACACCAGGGUUGCUUGCUAUAGUUUUUGGCUAUUUUUUAUGGAAGAAAACACUGGGAAAGAGAAGUGAAACUAUAAAGUAUCUUAGUGCUGCUGGUGUGGAGAAUGAUACAGAACUACCACUAUUCAGUUUGAGGAGUAUAUUAGUAGCUACUAAUAACUUCUCUGAAGCGAAUAAACUAGGAGAGGGAGGAUUCGGCCCUGUUUAUAAGGGGAUUUUGCCUGAAAAUCAAGAAGUAGCCAUAAAAAGGCUAUCAAAGAAGUCCGGACAAGGACAACAGGAGUUCAUGAAUGAGUUAAAGCUUAUAGCGAAGCUCCAACAUACCAAACUUGUUAGACUCUUGGGUUGCUGCACUGAAGCAGAGGAAAUGAUGUUGAUUUAUGAGUACAUGCCCAAUCGAAGUUUGGACAAAUUUCUGUUUGAUCCAUCUGAAAAGACAAAAUUGGACUGGGAUAGACGUUUAAGAAUUAUAGAAGGUAUAGCUCAAGGAUUGCUUUAUAUACACAAGUAUUCAAGAUUAAAAAUCAUUCACAGGGAUCUAAAAGCAAGUAAUAUUCUAUUGGAUGGAACAAUGAACCCCAAGAUUUCUGACUUUGGAAUGGCAAAGAUUUUUGACAUAAAUCAAACUGAAGCAAAUACUAACAGGGUUGUUGGGACCUACGGCUACAUGUCACCUGAGUAUGCACGUUAUGGUCAUUUCUCUGAGAAAUCGGAUGUCUUUAGUUUUGGAGUUUUGUUGUUGGAGAUUGUAAGUGGAAAGAAAAAUUCUAGUUUCUAUCGUUUUGAACGUUCACUGACUCUCGCUGGAUGGGCAUGGGACCUAUGGAAAGAAGGAAGGGGAAUAGAGGUGAUUGAUGCGUCAAUAAGGGAAACAUUACAGGCUCAUGAGGCUUUAAGGUGUAUCAAUAUAGGACUUUUGUGCGUUCAAGAAUCUGCAGCUGAUCGACCUGCAAUGGCAUCAGUAAUUCACAUGUUGCAGGGAAAUGAAGCUGCCUCUCUUCCACCUACCAAAGCACCUGCCUUUUCAACACAGACGAAUUUCAGUACUAUUGGUCCUUCUUCUCAAACACCUACCAAUUAUUCAAACAAUGCACUCACAAUUAGUUUGCCAGAAGCUCGAUAAACGCUUCAACAAUGUUUCCUUUCUUCGACACAUUCAAAGUUAAAGGUAUAGCAAUCUGUUUUUGUUAUAUAGUUCCUUAACAACUUUUUUCAUUUGAUUCCCCUAUUUUGAGGUAUGAGUCUUUAUGGACCUUAUAUUCUUGUAUUUUCUUAUAUUUUGAGAAGAGAUAAGGGAUUGAACUUGUAA